GGCAGCAUUGCCUGGCAACAUCGCGGUUUGGUCGCUUCAUUGGCUUUGGGCGCAGUAAACCUCAGCAAAACUUUGACAAUGCCUAAAAAGAAGAAUAAAAAGGACGACUACAAACAAGACAAAGAAAAGGACACGGCUGCAGACAACAGCUCCGCCACCGACAAGGAGAAGGACGUGUACCUGACUCAAAUAAGAUAUUUGAACGAGCAGCUGGAGAGAUAUCAGCUGAAAUGCGAUGACCUGGAGACACACAGCAAAGAUUUUACAGCUCAGUACAUCACGCUUGAGAAGGAGAAGAAGGACAUUGUGGAGUUUCUCAAACGCUCCCUGCUGGAGAAGGAGGAUGAGGUGGAUGUCCUGACGGAACGCCUGGAGAGGCAGCGGCAGGAUGCUGAUCGGGACCGAGACGCCGUGCGGCUGCAGCAAAGUCAGCUGAUGCAGAAACUCCAAGGCCAGAUAGAGGAGCUCACAGGGGAGAGGGACACCCUUGAGGCCAGGCUGGCUGGUCUGGAGGAGUUUCAGCAGCAGAAGGAGCAGCUCAUGGCCAAGGUGGAGACUUUGGAAACCCAACUGGCUCAGCAGGAGGUCGAGCACAAAACCAACAUCCACAACCUGGAGAUGAAAGCACUGCUCGAAAACAAGAGAUUGGAGAAGGAGAUGGAGAGCCACAUGGCAGCCAUGUCAGAAAAGGUGCAGAAGCAGGUGGACCAGAACCUUCCGGAGGCGACCCGGAUGGCUCUACAGGAGAACACGGAGCUGAAGGUCCAGUUGAACCAAAUGUCAGAGCUGGCGAAGAAUCUGAUGAAGAAAAACUCUGCGCUGCAGGGCUGCAAGAACCAGCUCCGCUUGGAUGUGGAGCUCCUGGAGAAGAUGAUGAGCGAGGUGUCUCGCCAGAGCUGCGUCCACAAGAAGGUGGUGGAGCAGCUGACAGAGAAGUGUCAGCAGAUGCAGGAGGAGCAGAGACACAGCAGGCACGAGCUUCAGCAUGUUCAAGCUAAACACAAGGAGACCCUCGCUGAGAUGGAAGCACUCAGACAGGAGCAGGCAGCGCUGUCAGACCUGCACAGUAAGAGCAAAGCUGAGGGGCAUCGGCUGGAGGCGGAGCUAGAGAAGGAGAGGAGGAAGAGUAGCAGGAUGAAGAGCAUCCUGCAGGAGGCAGCAGUUACUCUCAGACAAGCUCUGAUGGAGGCACCGGCUGAGCUGGAGUCUGUCCACUGGAAGAAAGUGAUGCAGAAGCUGCUGUUAGACUUAAAUGGACCCACUCAGGAUGAGCAGAACCCUGAUCCUGCAGCCGCCAGGACAGUACAUCUGGAUCCAGCUUCGAGGGUCCAGUUCCAGCUGGCCCGUUACAGACCCGGGGACCUCGGCCUCGUUCCGCCUCCUGCACACAAACACAGACUCUCCAGAACAGGAGCAGCGCCGGGCAGCACGGCCACGGCUCUGCACAGGAAACCGUCCAGUCAGAAGACAACCGCCUGUAACCCAAAGCAUUCAGCCGCUGGACGGUUCGACACCAAACUCAAAUGACAUGAACAAGCGUAGUGUUUAAAAGUGUAAUAUGGUGAACAGCCAGUAACACAGCAGUGGAGCUGUUCACUAUAUCCUUUAAACACAACGUUGAACUUACCUUCACCUUCAUUAAAAUGAAAAAGUGAAAUCA